AUGACUUUAGGUUUCACAUUUAUAUGUUUCGUCUGCCAAUUUCAACUACAACUUAACAUCAUUUAUGCAAGCAUCCAAUGUUCAUCUGCUCAUAAAAACAAAAUGAUUGACGGCAUGCUAUCAUCUCUGCCUCAAGAGAGAUCUACAGAAGUUGGCUUUAAUUUUCGUCUUCUCUUCGGUGCUGAAGGCGAACUUCUGCGUGCUUGA